AGAAAGUGAAAGCUGCCCUGUGCCCCUGGAGAAGCUCCGCUUGGCUCAGCGCCUCAGGCUCGUUGAGAGGAGGCUACAGGACGUGGCCAGACACCUGGAUGAAGUUCUGAUACCGCCAAGUGUGUCGGCAUCUGGGAUGAGACAGUUCUGCUAUUCCUCCAUGGAAUCCACCACCUCUCCCCUCUGGAGUCCCAGCUCCUUUUCCCUGAGAGAAGCCUCCGUGACUUGGUCAGGGCCCCUCUGCAACACAAGAGAGACCAUGACUGUCGCAAGCUGGGAAGGAUCCACUCAUCCCAUCCAAGCCCAGCCUCUCCCCAGGCCCCCUGCCCACAGCAGACGAGACCAGCGAGAGCAGAACAUAGGUCUGGACCAGAUGUCAGCCCAUGGCUCAGACUUCAACAUCCGACAGAAGCAUCUGCAGAGCCAACUGGGGGCUCCACAAACCCCCAUCCCGGGGGAGCCAUUGCUGGGUGAGCAGGACACCAAGCAGCAAUGGGAAUUCAACACAGAUCGGCCCGAAUGUGGAUUUCCAGCAAAGGUCCCAAAGCCCCUGAGAUCCGACACCAGGCCUCAGCAUGCACAGGAGAUCCAGGAGCCAGGCGUCUGCCCCUGGGGACCCCUGCCCCAAAAGGCCCACAGGAUCAUGGCAUCCCCUGAUGCCAUCCUGGCCAGGUUUGUGCCCACGGCGGGGGUCAAGCUGCAGGAUCACGUGGCUCAGAAAUGCUCGGAGAUCCAAAGGAAGGCUUUUCCUAAGGUCGUGAGAGAGUCGCACAGAGAUGCUCCCCUCCUGAGAGAGACUGCCCUGCCUGGGCCACUCCGCCCCCCUAGGGAGCCAGGCAAGCACAGGACAGCGGCAUUCCCAACGAUGGGACAACAGCCUGCCCACCCCAUCGAACUCCACAUAAGGCGUGAGCAUCUCAUCAUGCAGAGGGGGCUGCUCACCCUGGAUCCAGAGCCCCCGGCAAAGCUCCCUCACGCCGUCCAAGCCAGGGAAGCCAGUGUGGAGUUCAGUGAGAUGGAGACCGAUUUCCUGCAGACAGGAGAGACUGAUGAUGUUAUUGACUGUGAUGUCCGAACAAACCAGCUUUAUGACGUCCUGGUGUAG